AAAUGUCCAACUUCAGCCACUGUCACAACUGAAAAUGUUAAUUUAGAACAAACCUCUAAGAAAAAAUAGUUUUUAAUACGCCUGUUUGAUACGAGUCAAAUCGCCACCAACAUCCAGUAAAUGGCGUAAACGGUAUUUUCUUCUUCUUCUCCACGGGGGCGUGCCGUGACUCCGCUCUGAUGGUCUGAGUGGGGAGCUGGGUAAGUAAACACACCAUUCCUCCAAGAUGGCUUCGCAGUCCGCGUUCCGAGGGGUUCUGCUGGUGUCCUUUUCAGUGCUGCUGACCGUGCUGUUGGGUUUCGGACUCCCCGCUCUCCUCAACGCGUUCAUGGCCGUGCUGGGCCUGCCGGAGACCAGCGUGACCGAGUGCAUAGUGCUGCUGUAUGGAGCUUUCGUGCUUUACGUGGCGACGCCUCGAAUUCCGAGAGGACUGGUGGAGGUGAAAGGGAAGGCUGUGCUCAUUACGGGCUGCGACUGUGGAUUUGGUCACGAACUUGCCAAACACAUGCACAAGAUGGGCUUCACGGUGUUUGCUGGAUGUCUUCUGAAGGACAAAGGUGGAGACGGAGCAAAGGAGCUGGAGGAGCUGAACUCUGAGCGGAUGAAGGUCCUCCAGCUGGACGUGUGCAGCGACGAGCAGGUAAACAAAGCCGUGGAGUACAUCAGCAACAACAUGGAGGACUCACAAAGAGGUCUGUGGGCUGUGGUGAACAACGCCGGCGUGUCCACGUUCGGAGAGGUGGAAUUCACCCCUGUGGACACCUACAAACAAGUGGCAGAGGUCAAUCUGUGGGGCACCAUAAGAGUGACCAAAGCUGUUCUGCCAUUAAUCCGCAGGGCUAAAGGCCGCGUGGUCAACCUGGCCAGCAUGUACGGGCGGAUGGGCAACCUGAUGCGCUCGCCGUACUGCGUCAGCAAGUACGGCGUGGAGGCCUUCUCCGACUGCCUGCGCUACGAGAUGAAGGCCUGGGGCGUGAAGGUGUCCGUCAUCGAGCCGGGCAACUUCAUCGCCGCCACGGGCAUCCUGACCCGCGAGGCGGUGGCGGCCACGGCCGGCCGGCUGUGGGCCGGGGCCCCGCCGGCCGUGAGGGAGGACUACGGGAAGGCCCACUUCGAGCAGCAGGUGGCCCUGAUGCGCUCGUACUGCGGCAGCGGGCAGAAGGACCUGGCCCCCGUGCUGGACGACAUCGCGGACGCCGUGGCCUCCCGGCGGCCGUACACGCGCUACAGCCCCAUGGAGCCGCACUGGUGGCUGCGCGUGCAGCUGAUGACUCACCUGCCCGCCGCCAUGUCCGACCUGCUCUACUUCUAAAGGCGCCGGCCUCCUCCCCCAGACCGCCGGCCAGCGGACUGCGUCCUAAUAAGGGCCUAAAUGUGCCUCCGAGCACUUGAAAUCAUUCACUGAUCGAGCCUUAAAGAAAACUUUGUAGCUAAGUGAUUUCCCUCUGCUUUAGCCCGUCUCCGUUAGCCGGCGCCCCAGACGCAGCAUCUGGGCCCGUCUCCGAUCGCUCUUUGAUUGUGCUUUGAAUUAUCCGAGGGGCCCCCCGAAAGGCUCCCCUUCCGCUUAGCGGCGGCUCUCAGCUGAACACAUGGAGGUCAGCUACUGUAGGGCCAUUUGGCCCGACGCUCUCGAGAGUUAUGUAACGGCAAAACAAGCCCACUUUGUCUCACAUAGUUCCUGCUGUCCAGCCUUUGAUGUGAUCAACGGCCUUGUUUGGUGGUGUUGAGGGGGGGCGUGGGGGGCUCUGUUGGCCAGUAUUUUAUAAUUCAGAUAAUCAGAGUAGAUUUAUUUUAAGAUACAACAAUCAGUGUUAUAUUUUCCCCCAAGACUGACUUGCAAUAAAGUGACCA